UUAGCCGCUUCAAUCUCCUCUUCAGAAAAACUUGUGACACACAAUCUCAUUAAGCUUUCCUCAUCCAUAACAUCCAUUUUGUUCUGGACAUAGGCUAGACAUAUCACUAAUGCAGAACUAUUUUAGCACUUGUUUUACGAGUUUCUUGUAAGAUGAUUUUUUUAACGUUUCAGAGCACACGUAAUAUAGAAGUAAUACCUUUUUGUUUUUACCACAACUUUCAAUUUCCAACAGCAAUUUCUGCUGCGAUCAUUAAGUUAUUUGGAAUAUUUUAGAAAUCUUUCAUAAACUCGGCCAAGUUAAUAAAAUGUCUAGGCCGCUAGUGAUGUAUUAUCGUAAUUUAGUGACAUUGACGUUUGACACUUUGACAAUGAAAACCGUUUUAUUUUUUGUUUUUAUAUUUAGUUACUUUAUUAACCGGUAGAAAAAUCUUACUAAACGAAGUACGUAUUUUGAAAUUCAUUAAAUUAUAGAUAAAAGGAUAGAUAAGAUUAUUGUCGUACUGUAGCUGCAUUUAAUACCCUUUGUGAUAAAUAUGUGGAGAAUGUGUUUGUUGCUAUCAUUUCAUAAUCUUUUUUUAUGCAAUAAAACUAAACUGCUGUAUUAUUUAAGAUUAAAGGACACUUAGCACUAUGUAAUUGACUAUAGUUCUUUCUGUGAACUGUACACUACAAGCACUUACAAUAAACUCGCUAAACAAAUAUCAGCUAGUAGGGAGCAAGCUAUUUUUAAGUUAAUUAUGCCUUCCUUGUAUUAUGGAACUACAGGAAGGGUGCGCCGAUCUUAAAAUAACUUUGUCUAAUAACAACACGGGCUUUCUAAAAAUUCUGUUCAUUAUGCGCUCAACUUGCAUUAUUGUAGAGUCGCUUACUUAUUUAAUUGUAAUAAGUGGACAGUAUAUUUUAUUUUAAAUAAAAAAAAUAAUCAAAUGUCGAACGUUAAACUUGCGAUUCGUGUCCGGCCGUUUACAGAAAAGGAAUUAAAAGCACAAAAAGAUCGCCUACCAGUUGUGAAUGUAGUAGAUGAAAAUACUGUUACAAUUACUAAUAACAAAGUAAGUGUAUCAGGCGCUGGCGACAGCAGGGAGCGGACACGCCGGUACUAUGCGGAUUAUACAUUCGACAGUUGCUGUCCCAUCUCGCAUCCAUCCUAUGCUUCACAGGAUAAGGUAUUCGAGUCAAUCGGGCAGGAGGUGAUAACGAGCGUGUCUCGGGGACGUUCAGCAUGCGUGCUGGCGUACGGGCAGAGCGCCACCGGCAAGACCCAUACCAUGAUGGGCACGGAGACCCAACCCGGGCUGAUACCGCGCGUCUGCAAGGCCUUGUAUGAACUGCAGCCGGUUGAUUUCACUAUCAGUUUCCUUGAGAUUUACAACGAGAGGGUUCACGACCUGCUGUCUGGUGAGGUUCCCCUGCCUCCGUGCCACUCGCUGCCGCGGCGGAAAGGCAACGCCCGGAAGGAUCUGCGCGUACGAGAGCAUCCCUCGAAAGGACCCUACGUACAGAACCUUCGCCGCGUAGCAGUCCAGGAUGCCGAAGCUCUAUUAACUCUAGUAGAAGAAGGCACUCGUCGUCGGCGCACUGCCUCCACUCGCCGCAACUCCACCUCAUCGAGGUCUCACGCUUUGCUAGAGAUCACCACACCUCAUGCUACACUGCAUCUCGCUGAUCUAGCUGGGAGCGAGAAGGCAAGUUGGGAGGGCUGUGGCGGCGGCCGGCAGAAGGAAGGCGCCAAUAUCAACAAGUCUUUGGUGGCACUUAGCAACGUCAUUUCCGCUCUCGUGAGUGGCGGUACUGGUCGUGGCAGGUUCGUCCCGUACCGUGACUCCGCUCUCACGUGGCUGCUGAAGGAUUGCUUCACAGGAGGAGCUGCUACAUUCAUUAUCGCAACUGUGUCACCAAGUGCGGCAUGCUACGGUGAGUCUGCCUCGACUCUCCGCUGGGCCGCUCGGGCUCGUCAGCUGCCGACACCAAGAACCGUCAACUGCAACUCGCUAGUCGUGUCCAGGGCUGCCCUACAAGCCCAGCUCAACCAACUUAUCGCUGAACUCACGAGGAACCACAUCCGAUAUAUACCUGAGACUGGAAGCAUCACAUUCGACGAAGAACAUUGGACAUUAAGAGCAAAUGAACUUGUGUCAGAAACAAAUGAUUUAAAUAAACCAGCAAUCAUAGGCAACCUUAUCGAUAUGAUGCGUCCUAAGCUUGACGCUAACAACUCAGAAUCAACAGCAUCGUCCGCUGCUAGCGGUAGCUCAGAUGUCAUCAACGCAAUGGAUAAGAACCUUAAGCUGACGACCGAGAUUAAUGAAGAAAUGGACAAGUUAUUUGGACCACCCUUAGAGAGAGCUAGCAGCGGAGAUGACUUGAAAGUAAUCGCACCUCUUAGACACAAAAAGAGACAAUAUAGAUCACAAGAAGUUUUACCCAUUGAUAAAAGUUCUUUGGCUGGGCAGACAAGUAGUUUGGCAAAUACUCUCCCCAGUCAAAGUGAAGUGCAAAUCAACGCAGUACCCGAUUCGAAAAAACUCAAAGUCCCACAAAUAACCAUUCUUCAUGAUAACCAGAGAGCAGAAAUUGUUGCUUCAGUUACUGAAAGAUUAUAUUCAAAACUUAAAAAGAAAGAAGAAGCCGCAGUAUCUAAAAUGGAAACGAUGGUCGACAAGAAAAUAGUUGAACCACUGAGCGAGUUAAAAAUAUGUACAAAUGCAAGGCAGAGACUAAUGGAGCUGAGUCAGAAAGCUUUACGAAAUAAAAGAAGGAUAGGUAUACCGGCGCACACGCAGACGCGAGCGACAGUCACGCGAGUUAAAGACCAAGCUAUAGAUGUACAAAGUGAUUUAUACUCGUUCAUUAUAAAAAGUGGGUGUCCGUUUACAUUAUGCCGUGACGUAGCUACUGAAACGGUUCCUAUGACACCCCGCUGUAAAGAAAUAGCGGUCGGUCCUACGGCUUCUUUAAUAUUCAGCGACAGAUCCACAGAAACAAAACGCGUGGCUUACAAGAAUUCCUUUAUGAUGACUGAUUUUGCAACCAAACAAGAAAACUGUACUCAAACGCAAAUAGUACCACCACCUAGAAGAAGGAAACGUGCUUCGAAUGUAGGAAAACAUUGUUGCAGUAAGAAUACUGAUGAUUAUUCUGAGGGCUCUACUGUUGCACCAGUGAUUAGCAUAAACAUAUCACAAUCGUAUCCAGUGGAUUCGGAAUCUCAAAGUGACGAUAACUCGGAGACGGAAUUAAAAAAUAGCAUAUCCAGUGUUGUGACGACUACUCCUGACCUUCUUACAAAUCAUAGUACUGUAGACCCUCAGGGUGUUAUAGAGAUAGAUGAUGAUAACAUUACUGUUUUAGUGAACGUUUUAGAUCAAGCAAAGGGUCCUUUGCAAAAUGGGAGUACAUCAAAAUCUGAUAGUUUAAACAACCGCAGCGAGGAAUUUCCAGAAACAGAUGAGUUUGUGCUACCGAGAGUAAAUCCUAACUCUGUGAAAACUUCAAAAUCGGCUGAGAUUAAAAAUAUGAUAUUAGGACGGAACGAAAAUAUGUAUCCAUAUAACAUAAUACUUUCCCCGCCGAGAGAGAGAGAUACAAAACGGAUUGUUACUUUUAAGGACGAUACAAGUUCAGAUCCUACCCCUGGUGAAGUAGCUAAGAGUGACAACACAAAUAAAAACGAAAAUGUCUCCGAAUUCACUUCAUCUGAUAAAGACCUUCCUGUAGAGAAAGAUUAUGAGAGCUUAUAUUCAGAUUCAACAGAAUCGAGUAAAAUGGAUUCUGAUUCUUUUAUUUGGAAAAAAGCUGGCAGCAGAACAUUGGGUAGCUUAAGGAAAAACUACGUACCUGUUUACAAAGGAACUAAAUAUCGAACUACGAAACCCAGGGACCGAAACGACAUUUACGAUUCGAAAACUGAAAUUCACCCAAGAAGUUACUCAAAUUGUUGUCGAUCUGAAAUAAUAGAUGUCAGUUCAACGGAUAGUCGAGAAACAGAUGCUCCAGAAUACAAGUGUAGACGACGCCGACCAUACUUUGACAGCAAAUAUUAUUGUAACGAGGAUGAUGAUAAAAAUGAGUAUAAAACCAUCGAAACAAAACUAUUUGAUUCAUGCAAUUAUCUAGAAGACUCGGUUAACAGAUAUGAGAGUCGUAUUCCACAUUAUAAGGGUUUGAAUGACUGCGAAGUAUCAAAUCGGAGACCUAAAGAUUAUUUACAGCAUUUGGUACAAUUAAGGCGAGAAGUGGUGAAGGCAGAAAGCGAUAACACAGAUAGUUCUAUAGAUGUAUCUCAUAAGUAAGUAAGGUUUGUAAGAAUUGGUUUGUGUUUUAAAUAAGAAUAACAAUCAAGAAUGUAUUUUUGUUACUAAUAUUUGAUUAAUAAAAGAGUUUUUUAAUGCAGUUUGUUUUAUUCUUCUGCUACGCAUUUUUGCAGGGUGUGUUGGAUUUAGCAGACUACCCUUCUUUAUUCAGGUGCGGCUGUCUCUUAGACACCUAUAUCCCUUUUUAAUUUACUACUACUUAAUUUUUUAUUCUAGAUAAUAGUCUAUAUGAAAAAAUAGCUAAUUUGUU